GGGCACUGGAGCAAAAUAUUCAUCCCCACUUAACAUGUCAAUCAGGAUUAAUGCCCUUACAAACCUCCCCUCUUGGUUCAUCCAGGUCCUUUCACCAGUGGAAGUACGGAAGCCAGGGAAGAGGCGGUAAUAUAUAAGGCAGGACUGGACAGGAACACAACUCCAAAGCCCAGCCAGCAGUCUCAGUAGCGCACAGCGUCGCCUGGACUUAAACGUCUCUGCGUUUCCAGCGCUGGUUGACAGGCGUAAUGACUGAUGCGUAUCGACUAAGAUGUCAGAGCUCUCAAAAGUUGAACAGUUCUGCUUUGUAAAUAUUUUUGACCCGGUGGAUUACUCCUGAAAAACUUUCACAUGCUAAAAAGGACAAUGUGUGCAUGACAAAUUUAGAAGUAUCGGUGUCCGCACUCAGCUCACUGUUGGAGGACUUUAGUAGAGCACUCAUACUUGCAGCGUAAACAUACUUGUCCGCAGACCGUGAGCACUUCCCGUGAUGGAGCUGAAGAGCGCGUGUCGCAUGUUUCUGUUCCCGAUUCAAAUGCUCUAUCAUAUUUUCAGGGCAAGUUUGUUUUCGCUUUUGCCCAGUAGAAAGAAGGACUUGACCAAGGAGGUGGUAUUGAUUACUGGCGGAGGUCGAGGUAUCGGUCGACACCUGGCCAAGGAGUUUGCAAAGCAAGGGGCCAGAAAGGUGAUCUUGUGGGGCAGAACAGAAAAGUGUCUCAAAGAGACAUCUGAGGAAAUCUCCCUCUCUGGAACAGAGUGCCAUUACUUUGUGUGCGAUGUGGCCAAUCGGGAGGAAGUUUACAAGCAAGCCAAGGUGGUGAGAGAAAAGGUGGGAGAUGUUACGAUACUAGUGAACAACGCUGCUGUAGUUCAUGGAAAAAGUCUGAUAGACAGCGAUGACGACGCCCUUCUGAAAUCCCAACAUAUCAACACCUUGGGACAGUUCUGGACAACAAAAGCCUUCCUGCCGCGAAUGUUGGAGCUGCAGCAUGGCCAUGUAGUAUGCAUUAACUCCAUCCUGUCCCAGUCUCCAAUUCCUGGGGCUAUAGACUACUGCACCUCCAAGGCUUCAUCACUGGCCUUCAUGGAAAGCCUGACACUAGGCUUGCUGGACUGUCCCGGCGUCAGCUGCACCACUGUGCUUCCUUUUCACACCAACACAGAGAUGUUCCAGGGCAUGAGAGUCAGGUUUCCUCAACUCUUUCCUCCAUUAAAACCUGAAGUAGUAGCCCAGAAGACUGUUGAUGCAGUCAGAACUGACAAAGCCUUCCUCUACUUGCCCUGGACGAUGCAUGCUCUUGUCAUUCUUAAAAGCUUCAUGCCACAAGUUGCACUUCAAGAGAUCCACAAAUUUUCUGGGAGCUACACCUGCAUGAACACAUUUAAAGGCAGGACAUGAGCCCAGAAUCCACACAAUAUGUGAGAGACCUCAACAGCUCUGGGUUGUAAUGAAGGGAAUAUGGUCUUUUACACAUUUGAAUGUGGAGGAGUCCCCAUGAUAUUGUGAAGACAAAUACCUAGGGGACAUGCAGGGGUCUCGCUUCUGCAGCCAGAAUAUGCUGCACGAUGCACCUUGACCCUCUGUACAGGUACAAGUGCAAGUAUGUGUAUAGUAUAGCUAACUGAAUGCAAUUUUGACUUUGAACUGAAGCCAUGCAUAGAUCUGUACCAGUAGUUAUUCUGGGAGGUUUUUUGUGACACUUGUUUACUGUUUUUACAUUUUCUUUAAUUCUCCCUUUAAUGUCUCUUAAUAAAAAAGGGUAAUAAAAUGGAGUUUUAGAA